GGUAGAGUUUAGCAGUUCGUAUCAUGCUUUUGUAGGGAAUUGCGUUGCAUUGUCCGUCUAAUAUGUAAGUGCUUUGAUGAGAGUGACAGGAAAUCAAAAAAAGGCGCAUAUUGAGUCUGUGGCUUAGGAGGGCAAUCAUGGACUGCAAGGGAACUAGUUGGCUGAAAAAAGAGAAGAAUGAAGUAUAUGCUGAACCAGGCUCCUUGGUACAGUUACACACAUCGAUCAUGAAAGUAAAAGAAGAAUGGGAUGAGCAAGUGGACCAACAGUGUCUUGAAGAUAACUUGGGAAACUCUUGGCCAAAUGAUUUUAUCAAGGAGGAUCCUGAACUAAAUUUGGAUCUGGGUGAAACUGAGAAUACUGUGGCAGCUUCAUUAAGAAAUGCAUCUGAUAGUUUAAGUUUAAUUCAAAGUGCUGGUGACAGCUGCGACAUUUCAUAUCAAGAAACAUUACAUCAAGGAGUAGUCAUUGACAAGCUGGAGAUAGAUGCAGAGAAGUCAACAGAUUUCAGUAUGUCUUAUAACUAUACGAAAAUACGGACUUCGCAAGAAGACAGCUUAUGUGGCACGAGAUUAAGUUGCAGCAUCAGGGAAAAGGAAUUCCAUAAGUUUAUCUGUAGUUUCUGCCUACAGGGCUUCGCUUCAAAAUACAGACUCAUAAUGCAUAUCUUCAUCCACAUUGAUGGUGUGCAGGCACCUGCAUAUGUGUGUAAGUCAUGUGGUGAGGUAUUUCCCACUGAUGACUGCCUGAAAGAACAUUUGAGAAUGAGUGAGGGUGACCAAGCAUUAUCUGCUGCCAACAGUGAGAAACCUGAAUGCAGUGAUGACCAUGAAAACAAUAUCUCCUUGGAGUGUGUAGGAGAAGGAAUUGUGGAACAGACUGAGAAAUCUUCAUCCAAGGAAACCAAGAAAACUGUAAAGAAGUCCUUUAAUGACAUACAUAAUACAGGUAAUGUUACAAAAGCUGCAGAGAAACUCGAAAGAUUUCAUGACUAUGGAAUUUUAUGUACAAGUGAUAAUGCUAAUGUCCACACUGUGCUAAAUGCAAAGAGAAAUCACAAAUGUGAUGUUUGUGGUAAAUUGUUUACUCUGUUAAGUAAUCUUAAGAGACAUAGCUUAAUACACUCAGCAAAGAGACCCCACGAAUGCGAUGUUUGUGGAAAAUCGUUUACUGAGUCGGGCACUCUCAAGAGGCAUUCAUUAAUACACACUGGUAAGAGACCCUACAAAUGCACUGUUUGUGGAAAAUCGUUUACUCAGUCUGGCAAUCUCAAGGUACAUGAAUUAAUACACACAGGAAAGAGACCCCACGAAUGUGAUGUUUGUGGAAAAUCGUUUACUACGUCGAGCCAUAUGAAGAAGCACAUUUUAAUACACACUCGUACGAGACCUUUCAGAUGUAACGUUUGUGGAAAAUCUUUUACUCAGUCCGGCAAUCUCAAGGUUCAUGAAUUAAUACACAAAGUAGAGAGACCCCACGAAUGCGAUGUUUGUGGAAAAUCGUUUAUUCAGUCGUGCCAUCUCAAGAAUCAUGUGUUAAUACACACUGGAAAGAGACCCCAUGAAUGCGGUGUUUGUGGAAAAUCGUUUACUCGGUUGAGCAAACUCAAGGUACACGAAUUAAUACACACAGGGAAGAGGCCCCACGAAUGCGGUGUUUGUGGAAAAUCGUUCAUUAUUUCGGGCAAUCUCAAGGCACACGAACUAAUACACACUGGUAAGAGACCACACGAAUGCGGUGUUUGUGGAAAAUCGUUUGCUCGGUCGGAUAAUCUCAAGGUACAUGAAUUAAUACACACUGGAAAGAGGCCCCACGAAUGUGAUGUUUGUGGAAAAUUGUUUGCUACGUCGAGCAAUAUGAAGAAGCAUAUUUUAAUACACACUGGUACGAGACCUUACAGAUGUACUGUUUGUGCAAAAUCUUUUACUCAGUCUGGCGCUCUGAAGGUACAUGAAUUAAUACAUACGGGAAAGAGACCUUAUAAAUGCAGUGUUUAAGGUAAAUAGUUUCCUUAAUGGAGCAGUCGCAAGGAACAAUAGUACACACUGAACAGAGACCACACAGAUUCCAUGUUUGUGCCAAAUCGUUUUCAUAACUGGGUCAUCUGAAGGCUAAAUUAAUACACGCAGGAAUGAUCCUGUACAAAUGUGAUACUUGCAUGCAAAAUACAACUUAUGAAGUACAGAAUUGCAAUUUUUUGUUGUAAAUGCUCCAUGCUCUAAUUAUCUGGCUACCACAAAUUGAUGCAUUGAGAGAGAUCUUUUACUCAUGAGUAGAAGUUCCAUGCAGUAGGCAGAUCCCCAUAUUCAAGAGAAUGUACCAGUAUGUUACUAAAUAUUUCAAAGAAACUGCCAUUUCAAUGUUCAUGAAGCUGUAUGCACUACCCAGGCGGCGACAAAUAUUUUUAUUACAUACCUAUCACUCAGGCUAUUCAACUCAACAAUGGAGAAAUAUAAAAAAUGUCAUGAUUAUGCAAACAUGUUACUGAGGUAAGCCUCCUUAAUGGUAAUGCUAUUUGUGUGAUCAAUAAUCUGCACACGUGUGAACUUUCUAUGCUAGCUCUACAUUAGGAAAUAGCUGACAGUGGCAAGUAUGCAAAGAUAAGGCAAAAAUUAUAAUCUGUGUAGUAGUGUUGUGAUUCACCUUCAGACUGCAAUACAACAGUAAUUCUGUACGGUAUGGAGUCAUUAAUUCUUUGUUUUCCAGCAGUAAAUUGGAGUUCAUGUGUACAUACAUCUCACACAGUUCCCAUUAAUUGUAGGCUAUCGGUUUGUUGCAGUGUAGUUCGUGUGCAUUAGCAUCCCACAUUCGUUUCAUCAUGAUCUGAUAUGAGACAAGCUUGGCCGGAAAGACAACAGUGUGAGUGCUCAUGCUACUCAAACCAUUGCAGUGUGAUUCUGACCUUGUGAUUUGGACAGUUAUCCUGCUGUAAGAUGAUGUCACUCUCAGGAAAUACAUGAAGCAUUAAGUGAUGCAGAUGUUGCAAUAAUGUUAAUGGUCUCCACAUGUCAUCGUGCUUUCAAUUAUGACCAGCUAUUUCUUGGCACCUCAUAUGAAUAUCCCCCAUAGCAUGACAUUGCCUCCACGUUCCUCCACCUGUUGUGUGGUGCAUGUAUUGAACAAUUGUUCAUCUGGAUGAUGGGAUGUCUGGGCAUGACCAUUGACCUGGUCCACAAGAAAUGUUACUUUUCACAACGUGUGACACAUCUUUAUAGGUAUGCAGUCCAAUCUCAAUUAUCCCAUUUCUAUUGAUAUUGUAACCGCCAAUGUUGUUAGAUCAACAUGGGAGUACAAAGUGGUUGUAUAUCUUGGGGCCUCAUGUUGAACAGUGUCUGCUGAAUAGCUUGAAACUCUUCAGCCUGGUCAAGCAUUUUCUCCUGUCUACACAGAUUGUCAUCUAUCCCACUGUACAGAGCAGCUAGGUUCUGAUCUCCUUGUUCUAGAUAAUGCAUGGGCAUCCUACAACCUUUUGUCAAUUUGUGGUUUCACCAUCUGACAACGAUGUUCCAUAGAGACUCAUGAUAGAAGCGUCUGAGCAGUCAACCAGAUUCGCUGUUUGUGAGAUGCACUUACCCAGGCACCAGGCAAAACCAUCUGCUCUUUGGCCAGAUUAUUUAUGCCACUUUUUUUACACAUACCGUAAAUAGAAUGAUUACCCAUUCAUGUCUGGUUAUAGUUUCAUUACUGUGUGACAUAAACACUGUGCCACUGGGUAGGACACACUCCUCCUAGGGAAGUGGGCAUAAUCAUUUGGAUCAACAGUGUAUCUUGACACAGAAGGGUCUUUUGUGUAGUAAUUCAAAUUUUCAUGCUUUGUUAAAUUUUAUGCGAAUGCACUAUUGUCAGUUUAAGUGACACAUUUCAUGUGAAAAAUAUUUUUAUUUCAGAGCUCUGUACAUAAUUCUGAGUUAACAAAGAUUAAUUUUAUGCCUCAAAUCUUUUAAUUAUUUCUCUAUUUUUAAAUAUCAUGUAACUACUGUACAAACAUCAGUGGGAAAACUGUCAUCAUGUAGUGUCAGAUAAUAAUUCCAAUUGUUUGUAUAAAAACAAGGACACUUGAAAGAACUCAGUGUGGU